AUGGGGGAGCCACCUUUAGCCCGGCCGCCCCUCGCUGAGGGAGCCGGACGGGCCACGCUCCUUUCUCGGAGCUUCGGCCUGUCCAGCUGUAAAGUGGGGGACCGGGGGAUUUCCAAGAAUCCUGGGAUGUCCUGGGGGAGGGCGCGGUCCCGUCUCCGUCUUGGCGGGUCUGGACGCGGUCGCCUUCUCCAGGCGCCGCAGGACCCAGGAGAGGAGAGGUCUGCAGGGGCUCAGCCCCGGUCUGCGGCUUCCCGGAGGGUGGCGGCAACGAGCCUGUGCUGUAGGCACCAACCCGUCAGACGGUCCCGGCUCCGAGGCCUCUCCAGCCUUGAAACCGCUCCUCUCCUGCCCCCAUUCCCCGCCCGACACUUACGUCCAGCCCCGUCGUGCAGUGGUUCCGGAGCCCGGUGUAGCGCCGCGCGCAGCCGCCUCACUCCACCGGUUUCAGCCAAGAAAACAAAACGUCCACGGCCUCCAGACACCCGGAUGCAGCAGUACCACCCCCGCGGCUCAGCCGCGCAUGCGGACACGGGGCGGAGGGCGGGACGCCGGGUCCGGAGGGAGCCACGCCCACCACGCCAACGCGUCUGCGCAGGCCCGGGCGCUCGCUGGCGGGGCUUUCCGCAGCUCUGGGAUCACAGCUGGACGUCGGAAGUGCUAACUUGGAGUACGCCCUUCGAGGAUAAAAUGGAGCUGCUAGAAAUAGCAAAAGCCAGCCCAGCUAAAUCUUUAGGAAUAGCCAACCCUGACUUGCCAGAUGGUCUCAGAACUGUUCUAUCGUUAAAGAAACAAACUGUGCAACAGCUGUACUAUAUGCCACAAAGUUCGAGCUCUCACACUUUGGAUGUGCUCCUCUAAUCCUUUCUGAAAGAGCUAAGCUGACCCCCACCACCGUUGGAGGAAACUCCUGGAGCAGUGCUGGGGUUUUCACUGCAAUCAGUUGCUCCAAGUUCGUCUUGUACAUGGCUCUUCGACCUUGGGCUUGUGGAUUAGGGGCCUGUGGAGGAGCUCUGUGACUGCUCUGAUAUCUAUGGAUAGUUCUGAGGCAUUGUAUUUAGUGAAAAAACUGGAAACCAUAUGCAUGUCCAUGAAUUAAAAAAAGGGGGAUAGGCCAGGCACCGUGGCUCACACCUGUAAUUCCAGCACUUUGGGAGGCUGAGGUGUGCGGAUAACCUGAGGUUGGGAGUUCGAGACCAGCCUGACCAACAUGGAGAAACCCCGUCUCUACUAAAAAUACAAAAUUAGCCUGAUGUGGUCACGCAUGUCUGUAAUCCCAGCUACUCAGGAGGCUGAGGCAGAAAAAUUGCUUGAACCCGGGAGGCAGAGGUUGCAGUGAGCCAAGAUCGUGCAGCCUGGGCAAUAAGAGCGAAACUCCAUCUCAGAAACAACCAACCAACCAAAAAAGCAGGGGUAGACUAAUUUCUAGUACUUCUAGACUAUGGAAUGUGAUACAGCUGAUAAACCAAAACACAUUAGAUCGGUAUGAUUUAUCCUAAAGGAUGUUGAUUAUAAGUUUCAACUUGUUUAGAAUGAGCCCAUAUUCAUCAAAAAUUCUGUAUGCACCAGAUGCAGUGGCUCACGCCUGUAAUCCCAGCAGUUUGGGAAGCCGAAGUGGGCAGAUCCCCUGAAGUCAAGAGGUUGAGACCAGCCUGGCCAACAUGGUGAAACCCCGUCUUGCGGAGGAAAAGUUAAAUAUUAAAUUUGAACUCAACUGGACUUGAACACAAGGAAUGGUUACAUGCCAGAAAUCUGUCCCUGGGCACUGGCUCAGGAACAGAUGGACUAUACUGAUUGUUCUUGAUACAUACAUCAUCUGCCUCGAGGCGAUAAACAAAACCUUGCAAAUAGGCUGACCCUUCCGUGUUCCUUGAGUCCAGUGACAAAAGGCCUUGUGCCUGGGCCUCAUGCCAAAGAGAAUACUAUAAAAAGGUCAGGACGGGUGUGGUGGCUCACGCCUGUAAUCCCAGCAUUUUGGGAG